GUUAAAAUUGCGUCUCAGAACGAAAAAAAACAACAUUUUAAUUCCAGCUUCAAACAAAUGGCUGAUGGAGACAUCGGACGCACAGAGCCAGGCACUGAAAGCGUUCCCAUAUACAGCAGCCUUUACAGUCGUGACUCGCAGAAAUAUGUAGAAAGUGUAUCCGUGGAGAUCAGUACUAUAAUGACCCGCCUGGGAUACGGCGAGGAAAUCAGACGGUGGCGAGUUAAGGCGAUCAGUGAGAGUGAUAGGAUGGAGAAUGCACGAAGAAGGGUUAUAACUAUCAUCACAACUGGCAGCAAGGCCGAGGGACUGACCUGCGGUUUCGAAAGCGACUGGGACAUAUUAUACGUUCUGAACCUUGUUGUCUGUGUGGAAACUGGUAUUAAGCUUCACACCAUACCAGACGACAUUGAUGUGUUUAGGAUGGAUACACGUGUAUAUCCAGGAUCCAUACCAGACGACAUUGGUGUGUUUAGGAUGGAUACACGUGUAUAUCCAGGAUACUGCAUACUGUUACAAGAGAGGCAAGCGCCUAGAGGUCACAAAGUUAUUCACGAUGCUCUGUGUGAUGAUGGACAUGGAGGCGUUCUAUUAAGUAGUGCUUUAUUGAUAGAUAAUUUUGAGGCUGGUCUAAUAAGCACCAUGUUGCAAAAUAAACGUGCGGGGCCAUCUUUAUCGUUGUUAAUGGAAGGGGUAUUAUAUACCGACAAUAUAAUCACACUACGUUGUUACUGCCCCAGCAUUUUAAACAGAUGGGCUACCAGACGCCGCCAUUGGCCGUCACAAGUCAUAGUCCAGAAAGUCGUAUCAUUAGGAGCCUAUUUAACCCCGGUAGGAUUUGCGGGAAGUGAACACAAGCACAUUGAAUGGAGGAUUUGUUUUAACACCGGUGAAACAGAACUAGUGAACAACCUUAAUAGCACACAAGCAAAUGUAUACGUUAUGUUAAAAAUGAUUCUCAAUGACAUUCUUAAACCAAAUAAUAAAGAAAUAACAUCGUACAUGUUAAAAAACAUAAUAUUAUGGCAAGCUGAACGUAACCCACAAGCAAAGUUUCAUGCACACAGUUUAUUUUAUUGGCUGCAUGACGGACUGAGAGAAUUAAGGACUGCUAUUGCACAAAAGCAACUAGCAUAUUACAUGAUUCCAGAUAAAAAUUUAAUGGUAGCUCGUUGCUUGGAAGAUGGUAUGCAGAGUAAAUGGAUAUCAGAUAUCAACGACAUGAUGGAGGAAGGCCCGAGGGUAAUAUUGAGAUUGCCGAAGAUACGUAAGGCGAUUGUGGCGUCCCCAGAGCCGAUGGUGUGGUUCAGCAAGAAAAGGAUGGAGUUGGAGAUGCUGUAUCUAGAGUAUAUGAAAUCAAGUUCAGGGAACGAUGUAGUCGAUCAGUCUAAUGCCAUUCUGCAGGAAAUACAGAAACGAAAGAACGAGGUCUUGAAUUUAAAGUACGAAAACAGCACUGCAAGCGUGAUAAUCGUGGUGUCCAUAACGUUAACUAAAUUAAUAUGUUCAUCUUACUAUCUACGAUACGUUGGUGAGGGUAUUGGGAGCAGCUAUUGAUUUAUUUAUUUUGCUUAAAAAAAACAUCGAACUUUAGAUUGUCGACUUCAAUAGCCCUGAUGCCUGUGUGUGCGGUUUACAAAUGUCAAUGGCUACUAUCGGGACACUUCCGGAAUAAAAAUGUGCGGAGCUUUGAUAUUUUGUGUGUUCGGCAUGUAUUCGCAGAGUCAGCAGGUUGCAGUAAACAUCACGAUACAAACCUGAAUAAGCCGGAUGACACGCGGAAUGAUGUCGACAGUUUUAGACUUAGUUCCAGCCUGGUGACCGAUCGUGCAAAACGGUUGUGGUAAC